CAAACGAUCCAUAUCAGAAGAGCAUCUUUCAAUGGAAGAAUGAGUUCGUUGCUGCUUGCGGUGAAUUCGUUGGGACCACGAUGUUCUUGAUGUUUGCCUUUGGAGGGUGCAAUAUCGCCAACUUGAACACCAGCAGUAAUUCGACGUCUAGUGGAAACAGCAGCAGCGUCAAUGCUACCGCUGACGCCGGCAAGUUGAUCUAUAUCUCCUUGUCAUUCGGAUUCAGCUUGGCCAUUAACGUCUGGGCAUUCUUCCGUAUCUCUGGUGGACUCUUCAACCCCGCCGUCUCCCUCGCCCUCGCUCUCGCCGGUGCCAUUCCUCCCAUUCGCAUGAUCACUCUUACCAUCGCCCAGAUCCUCGGUGGCAUAGUCGCUGCUGCCAUUGUCGACGUACUCACGCCUGGAGGGUUGGCCGUCACUACCACCCUUGUCCCCGGUAUGAGCAUCAGCCGCGGGCUGUUCCUCGAGAUGUUCUUGACUGCCCAGUUGGUUUUCGUUAUCUUGAUGUUGGCCGCAGAGAAGAACAAAUCCACCUUCAUCGCUCCCAUCGGUAUCGGAUUGGCCUUGUUCGUCGCCGAACUCUGGGGUGUCUAUUACACCGGUGGCUCCCUCAACCCCGCUCGUUCGUUCGGCCCCGCUGUUGCUGGUAGGUCCUUUGUCGGAUACCACUGGAUCUACUGGGUUGGUCCCUUUUUGGGAUCAUUGUUGGCGACUGGGUUUUAUAAGUUUGUCAAGUGGCUUGAUUACAAGUCUGUUGUUGCUGGACAGGAUGCUUCGAGUGAGGCGGAGGUUGAGAGGGAGAAGGCUAGGCAUGAUCCUGAGGCGGCUGGGGCUGCUCAGGAUGGACGAGACGGUGACCACUAAGUGGUGAAAGUGAAAAGCAUGG